AUGGUACGGAAGAAGACCGCCAUAGAUCAUCCCGCAGGAGUCGUCGACAUCGGUCCUACUCUCGAUCGCGAAGUCGCUCGCCUAGGGACGACAGGGACUCAUACUCUCGCAGUCACCAUCGACGAUACCAACAACGUUCCAAUUCCCCCCAACGGUCGCGGUCGCGGUCGAGAUCUCCCCGAGCGAGGGAAAGUCGACGGGAAAGGGACAGACACAGUGAACGCAGCGGCCGGCAUCGCUCCCGUGAACGCGAAUCAUCUCGAAAACAUACCACCGCUCGCAAGGAAUCAUCUGCCGCACCUUCCCAGCAGAACGGAUAUGACACAGACCCUUUGGAGGAUUUGGCCCAAUGCCAGCAACAUCGAUGCGCAUUUCGCCGCCGACUAUGACCCCGCACUGGACGUCCAACUAGAAGACGAAGACUCGACUGCGAAGAAGUCCACUCGCCGCCCGGUUCCUGGAUUGAUGACUGGAGAUGAUGACUGGGAACUUGCUCUUGAAGCGGUCCGGGAUCGAGCACGUUGGAGACAAAGAGGCGAGGAACGAUUGCGAGAGGCUGGGUUCAAUGAUUCGUUUGUGGAGCGGUGGAAGAGCAACACUACCCCUACAGCGGCAGCGGACGACUCCGAGGGCAGACUUGAAGACGUGAAAUGGUCGAAGAAAGGAGAAGGCCGGGAAUGGGACCGAGGAAAGUUUGUUGAUGAUGAGGGUCAUAUCGAUGUGAAAGCCUCUUGGUAG